AUGAGAAAGAGAAAAUGUAUUGCCAUCCUUGUCCUGCAAGGGUUACUGGAAAUAGACAAGAAUCCAAGAGGAAAGACCAGGUCAUGGAUAAGGAAAAGAGAAAGCCGUGGAUUUUACACGAACAUCGUGAGGGAAUUGAUGGUUGAAGACACAGCAGCGUAUCGUGAGAUGAUGAGAAUGUCCUACGACGAUUUUAAAGUAUUGCUACGAGUUGUAGAGCCUCACAUAAGUCCGCAUCAGGUUCAAGGUGGCCAAAAAGUGAUACCAGCCCCGGAAAGAUUAACUUUGACUAUAAGAUUUUUAGCUACAGGUGAGACCUAUCGAUCCCUGUGCUUUCAAUUUCGUAUAUCGGUGGCUGCGAUAUCCUAUAUUGUCAAAGAGGUUUGUGAAGCCAUUGUGAAACAUAUCGGACCACUGUAUCUAAAAGUCCCAUCCACCACUGAAGAAUGGCUUGAGAUAGCAGCAAAGUUCGAAGAAAUAUGGAACUAUCCUAACUGUGUUGGAGCCAUAGAUGGUAAACAUAUAGUCAUGCAGCCACCUGCCAAUGCUGGAUCAUUUUUCUAUAACUACAAGCACACCCACUCGAUUGUACUAAUGGCUGUUGCUGGUCCAGACUAUGAAUGCAUCUAUGCAGAUGUUGGUACCAAUGGGAGAGUAGCUGAUGGUGGUGUUUGGAACAAGUGUAGCCUGUCCAAGUCGAUUGAUGAUGGAACUAUCUCUCUUCCUUCGGCUAGGUGCUUACCGUUUGGUGUUACAAAGAUUCCCUAUUUAUUUGUGGCUGAUGAUGCUUUUGCACUGAAACCGAAUGUGAUGAAGCCCUACCCACAGCAGAGUCUCACCGAAGACAAGAGAAUCUAUAAUUACAGACACAGUCGAGCAAGACGAAUAUCGGAGAAUUUGUUUGGGAUCAUUGCAAACAGAUGGCGUGUAAUCAGAGGUAUUAUUUUGCUCCCACCUGAGACAAUAGAAUCUCUUAUUAUGGCGAUCCUUGUUCUUCACAACUAUUUGCGGAAAAGCAUUUCAUCCAAGGCAUCAUAUUGCCCUGUCGGACUGCUUGACACAGAAUACUGCAAUGGUCGUUUUGUCCAAGGGCUGUGGCGCCAAGAAAGCAUGUCAGAGUCAUUAUUGCCACUUUCAGUCUCACCCACAGGCCAUAAUGCAUCAAAUAAUGCCAAAUUAGUGAGAGAGACAUUGAAGGAUUAUUUUUUUGCUGAAGGUUCUGUUGAUUGGCAAUGGAACUUUUGCUAG